GGGGCUCCAGGUGCAAACUCUGCCCCUCGGACUGGCAGCUGCGCGGGGACAAGUGCUACUGGGUCUCCACAGAAAAUAAAACCUGGAACAAGAGCCGCAGCGACUGCGCCGCGAGGGGCUCCCAGCUGCUGGUGAUCCGGGACCGGGAGGAGCUGGAGGCCCUCCACAACCUGACAGAAGACAGAGCUCAAUUCUGGGUGGGACUGUCCCGCCCCUCCCCGGAGAAGGCCUGGACCUGGCUGGACGGCUCCCAGCUGGAUCAGACCCUGCUCAAGGUGCCAGGCCCAGCCCAGGAGAACAGCUGUGGAGUGGUGCAAGGGAAGCAGAUUCAUUCAGAAAGCUGCAGCUCUGGAUUCCAGUGGAUUUGCCAGCGAGACGCCGUCCUGCUCUGA